GUAAAAUAUAAUGUUGAUUUCACAAAAUACUGGAAAUGAAAUGUUUAAUAUUUCAGUAGAAUAAUCCAUUACACUUAACUGUCAUUGAAUGACAAAUAAGGAGAAAGUAUUAACAAUAAGGACACUCAGACUAUAUAAGAAGAAAGAAUUGGAUGUGGCAACAGAACACGAUAAAUCAUCAACAAACAUAAUGCAUAUCCAAUAUCUGUUUGUCAUUUUCCUGAUAACCCUGGAUGUGAUUUUAUCUCAAGCCGCAACAGGUCCUUCUGAAGAUGAAGUAGUAGAAAAAUUUGAAGAAAUUAAAGCAACAAAAGAAUUUCAAAAAGCUAAAGAAAAAGUUAUAGAAUCAUUAUCAGAUAGAAUUGAUAAAUAUGUUCUGGACCACUUUCGUAAAAAUCAAUAAACCUACUCAAAGGCAAUUGAAUAAUAAUAAUAAUUAAUAUGUUGUGUUUUAAUGAUAACAUUAAUAUUAAUUCAUCUUUUAAAAUAAAC